AUGAGUACGUUAAAUACAAAGAAGUACUUGGUGACUGCAAUUGUGCAGUACUCCAUAUUAUUCUUCGACAUUUUCGUCAACUCGUUUGCUAGCUUUUCUCGACAACGUCCAGUUAAUUUAUUAAUUCUUUAUGUAAUCCAAGAUUUUUGUCUUGUUAUAACUCUGACGAUUCUACUAGUCAAUUUCUUUUCCACCUACAUCUUCCAGGUAGGUUUAAUACAGUUGCUGUACAUGAAAUUUCGUAUAACAUUAAUAUUAUGUAUCACGUACAUGAUAUUAAGUAUUAGUCUUCACACGUGGGAUAUUAAAAUGCAUUGGUCGUCACCUCUUGCGUAUCACUGGACGAUAAAUUUUCAUAUUCUUUAUUCAGUGCACAGAGGAGUUGCAGUUUUAUAUUACUAUUACUAUAAGAGAGCAUCUCUCCGAAUUGCAGAUCCAAGGUUUUAUGAAACUUCUGUAUGGGCACAAAACCAAUUUAGUCUUCCGUAA